AUGGCUUCGUCCGAGGAAGAGGUGACAACCGUGUCGAUUAACCCUGAAGAUGACUGCCUCAGUGUCCGAAAAUGGUGGUGCUUCCUGCUCUCUUCGAUCUUCACGUUCCUCGCAGGGCUCCUGGUGGUGCUCGUAUGUCGCGCUUGCGCGUUCGUCUGCUGCAGGAAGGAGCCGGAGCUCGCGCCCAACGAUCCGAAGCAGAAGGAGCAAAAGGCGGCGCGCCAGAACAAACAGGAGUUCGAGGGCACCUUCAUGACCGAGGCGAAGGAUUGGGCCGGCGAACUCAUCUCCGGUCAGACCACCACAGGACGAAUACUGGUAGUGUUGGUGUUCAUUCUGAGUAUAGCAUCGCUGAUCAUCUACUUCAUUGACGCGUCCAGUGAGGAGGUGGAGCGGUGCCAGAAAUGGAGUGACAAUAUUACUCAGCAGAUCGACCUUGCCUUUAACAUAUUUUUUAUGGUCUACUUUUUUAUACGAUUUAUAGCAGCUAGUGACAAACUAUGGUUCAUGCUCGAGAUGUAUUCAUUUGUAGAUUAUUUCACAAUACCCCCCUCCUUUGUAUCGAUAUACCUGGAUAGAACGUGGAUAGGGCUGAGGUUCCUCCGAGCUCUACGCUUAAUGACCGUGCCUGAUAUUUUGCAGUACCUCAAUAUAUUAAAGACAUCGAGCUCAAUUCGGCUGGCCCAAUUAGUUUCUAUAUUUAUAUCGGUGUGGUUGACGGCAGCCGGUAUCAUUCAUUUGCUGGAAAACUCCGGCGACCCGCUGGACUUUAACAAUGCGCAGUCGCUUUCAUACUGGACUUGCGUUUACUUUCUUAUAGUAACCAUGUCCACAGUAGGUUACGGUGACGUGUUCUGUCACACUGUUCUCGGCAGAACAUUUUUGGUUUUUUUUCUCCUCGUCGGCUUGGCAAUGUUCGCUAGUAGCAUUCCUGAAAUUAUAGAGCUGGUAGGAAGUAGGUCCAAGUACAGUGGCGAGCUGAAGCGUGAACAUGGAAAAAGGCAUAUAGUUGUAUGUGGACACAUAACAUACGAAUCAGUUAGCCAUUUUUUAAAAGACUUCCUACAUGAAGACAGAGAGGAUGUUGAUGUUGAGGUUGUUUUUUUACAUAGGAAACCGCCCGAUCUGGAGCUCGAAGGCCUGUUCAAGAGACACUUUACCACUGUGGAAUUCUUUCAAGGCACCAUUAUGAAUCCAAUCGACCUACAGAGGGUAAAAGUGCAUGAAGCGGAUGCGUGCUUAGUUCUAGCAAACAAAUACUGCCAGGAUCCAGAUGCUGAAGACGCCGCUAAUAUAAUGAGGGUCAUUUCCAUCAAGAACUAUUCAGAUGACAUCAGAGUAAUUAUUCAACUUAUGCAGUAUCACAACAAGGCCUACCUCCUGAACAUUCCUUCAUGGGACUGGAAACAAGGAGACGAUGUCAUUUGUUUAGCGGAAUUGAAACUAGGAUUCAUCGCUCAGAGUUGUCUCGCGCCUGGUUUCUCAACAAUGAUGGCCAAUCUUUUCGCCAUGAGGAGUUUUAAAACGUCCCAAGACAUGGCUAUAUGGACUAAUGACUACAUGCGAGGUACGGGGAUGGAGAUGUACACGGAGACAUUGAGCAGUACGUUUAUCGGGAUGCCCUUCCAACCGGCGGCUGAGUUAUGUUUCACGAAGUUGAAACUUCUUCUCUUGGCAAUCGAGAUUAAAGGGGAAGAGGGUGCAGAUAGCAAGAUUUCGAUUAAUCCACGCAACGCCAAGAUCCAUGCCAACACGCAAGGGUUUUUUAUUGCGCAAUCUGCUGAUGAAGUAAAAAGAGCGUGGUAUUAUUGCAAGGCAUGCCACGAAGAUAUUAAAGAUGAAACACUCAUCAAAAAGUGCAAAUGCAAAAACUAUGUCGGAAUGAUGAUGAUGCAGUCCGGAAUGGUGAAACAAAACCUUAAUACAUAUCGAGAUUGCACCGAUGAUGACCACCAUCCUCCCCCCACCUUCACGCCGCCAGAGUUGCCCAAGAAGGUCCAUGUUCGAGGUGAAGUAGCAAGAGAGAGAGGAGAAGAUAUGAGCUUAAUAAACCGGAACCACCGAAGCGCAGCGACAAACUCUCUGCUGUCACCGAUGGCCAACCAGUUGGUGAACACAACCACUACACGGCAGGUCAACAAAGUCAAACCAAACGUCAAUAGAGCACCCCCAGACACGCCAACGAGUCGGAGUAGUGGUGGGAAUCAAAAUAGCAAUGGCGUAAGUCUACCAGCGGGCCUGGCAGACGACCAGUCGAAAGAUUUCGACUUUGAAAAGACUGAAAUGAAAUAUGACUCCACAGGGAUGUUUCAUUGGAGUCCCGCAAGAAAUUUGGAGGAUUGUAUAUUAGACAGAAAUCAAGCGGCCAUGACAGUUUUAAAUGGCCACGUGGUAGUUUGUCUGUUCGCGGAUCCUGAUUCCCCGCUGAUAGGACUGAGGAAUCUAGUGAUGCCGCUCAGAGCCUCCAAUUUCCACUAUCAUGAGCUAAAGCACGUCGUCAUCGUUGGUAGCGUCGACUAUAUUAGAAGAGAAUGGAAGAUGUUGCAGAAUCUACCAAAGAUUUCUGUUUUAAAUGGUUCACCGCUAAGCCGGGCCGACCUGCGUGCAGUGAACGUAAACCUUUGCGACAUGUGCUGCAUCCUGUCAGCAAAGGUGCCGUCCAACGACGACCCGACGCUGGCCGACAAGGAGGCUAUCUUGGCUUCGUUGAACAUUAAGGCGAUGACGUUCGACGACACGAUCGGCGUGCUGAGCGCGGGCAACGGCGCGCCGCCGCCCGCUGCGCCAGCGCCUGCUGCGCCCGUGCUGCUGCAGCGCCGCGGUUCCGUCUACGGCGCCAACGUGCCCAUGAUCACCGAACUAGUGAAUGACAGCAACGUGCAGUUCCUGGAUCAGGAUGAUGAUGACGACCCAGACACCGAGCUGUAUCUAACGCAGCCUUUUGCCUGCGGAACUGCUUUUGCUGUCAGCGUGCUCGACUCCCUCAUGUCUACUACAUACUUCAACCAGAACGCGUUGACGCUGAUCCGGUCGCUGAUCACGGGCGGCGCCACUCCCGAGCUGGAGCUGAUCCUGGCGGAGGGUGCGGGACUGCGCGGCGGCUACUCCACGCCCGAGAGUUUGGCCAACAGGGACCGGUGCCGCGUGGGGCAGAUCUCGCUGUACGACGGGCCGCUGGCGCAGUUCGGCGAGGCGGGCAAAUACGGCGACCUGUUCGUGGCGGCGCUGCGCACAUACGGCAUGCUGUGCAUCGGCCUCUACCGCUUCCGCGACACCUCCUCCUCGUGCGACGCCAGCAGCAAGCGCUACGUCAUCACCAACCCGCCCGACGACUUCUGCCUGCUGCCCACCGACCAGGUGUUCGUGCUGAUGCAGUUCGACCCUGGCGUGGAGUACCGCGCCAGCCGCCGCGCCGGCGCCGCGCCCGCCAAGGACGAUGCCUCCUGA